CGUUACUCUUAAAUGUAAAUACUAUACAUGCUGAUGUAUCGUCUCCAAUACGAUGUUUCCAGGGCAAAGGAAGAAGAAUAAAAAGACCAAAUCGAUGAUCGCGAAUAAUCGUCGUGAAACCUUAUAUAUGAUUAAUAAUUCGGUAUUUGCCAUCAAGCAUGGUUUUGGCAGAGAGUUUUACAAUUAUAAGAUAAAUUCUAAUGUAAACGAGAAAAGGAGAAAGAGGAGAGCACCGCUCGACGAAGAAGUCGCGUUAAAGACACCACAACUACGAAAGAAUCAUACAGAUGGUGAUUGUCGUCGUCAUCAUCACGAUGAUGAUGUCUUUGCUAACGAUGAUGGCGAUGGUAAUAACAAAACCAACAGCGAUGGUGAUUGUAAUGAAAUCGCAUCGGUAUCGGACAACGGAGAAGUCGCAGAUGUCUGCAACAAUACCGAUAUCGUGGAUCUCUUCAACAAAACGCCAUUGACAAAUUUUCCAAUAAUGAUCGAUUACGAGUACAAUACAGAUCGAAUAAUAAGAGACUUUGAUUAUUUUUACGAUAAUAUGGAAGAAGAAAAGGAAUCAUCGGUCGAACCAUCGGAAAUAUUUUACGUUUCUACGACCGACAAAGACAUCGGGGAGAAUUCUAGCGAGAAAAAUCGUAGCGAAUCGCGAUCACUGCAGUCAUCGCAAUCGUUGUCGCAGCAACAGCAACAACUACUACUACAGCAGGAUCCAGUUUCUACGAUUGUGGAUAUAGCUAAAAAAAAUAAACUAUUGGAGAGAGAGCAGGAAAAGGCUGGUGUAUCGAAGGAAAAAGAAGAGGGAUAUAUGAGUGAGAGUGUGGAGAGAGAUGAGCAAAAGUGUGGAAAAAAGAAACUCCGCACUCCGGAUUCAUAUGACGAUGGUGAUUGCAACAAUAAUCAUUUAAAAAACAAGCGUGAAAAAAAAAUUAAAAGUAAAUAUAACAGCGGUAAUGUAGAGAUUGUUUGCCGUAACGAGAAUAAUAGGAGUAGUAGUAGUAUUAGCAGUAGUGCUCUUGAAUGUGAUUUGAUCGAUAUCGAUACUGCUAUUGUCGGUGGUGAUUCUCCGGCGGCGUCGGUGAUCGCGAAUCGCAAAGAAGAGUCUAAAAAGAGUAACAAUACCGCGAUCGAGAUGAAACAAACGUGCAUAGACAUCGCUGCCGAUUUUAAAAAUCCAUCUAAAUGGUCUAAAAAAUGUAAAAUAAAUCAAAUUGAUGAUGAUGAUAAAAUUAAAAAACCUAAAAAAGCAAAACGUACAAUUAGUGUUAAAAAAUCGAACAAUAAUAACUGUGGUUGUGAUGAUGAUGAUGGUCGUAAUGAUUCUUUUAAAAAUAAUAAGUUUGAAAUCGUCAAUCAGGAGGAUGUUACAAAACAAAAUAUCGCGAAACAGUCUGCCCUAUCUCUUGUGUUCUACUCGCGUACGUUUCGUGUUGAUAAUUUUAUAAAAUCCAUCACAAAAGUCGAGGAUUCGGACAAAAGGAAGGAAAUGAUAAUGGAUAAAAUAAGAGAUAUGGAAAAUCAUAAACUUGUUGUUUUGUCGUACGUGCUUAAUCGCGAAAAUGAUAAAAUAUUAGAAUUGGACAUGAGUAGUAUAAAGAGAGAGAUUGGCGAGAACAAAUGGAGACGAAGAAUGGAUGAUAUCACUUCAGAGUUGAAUAAAAAGUCGUUACUCGAAGUUUUAAUGUCCAUAAAUAGUUUGAAAAUUAAAAUAAUAAAAGAAUUUCUUAUAUUAAUGAAUAUUAAUACAGACGCAUUAGUCAAAGAACAAUAA